AUGGAUGAGUUUAUACACAAGAUGUUUGAGAUUAUUACCAUUGAAGACAUUAAAGAAACACUGACCCAUGAAGAUCUGCCAUCAGUUGUCAGCAAGAUUAAGGAUUAUUUUGAACAGCAAGACCGUGUGGAGCUGAACAUUGCUGUAACAGGAGAGUCCGGCUCUGGAAAAUCCACCUUCAUCAAUGCUUUCAGGGGAAUGGGGGAUGAGGAGGAGGGCUCUGCAGAAACUGAUGUUGUAGAGACCACUACGUUUCCCACAUCUUACCCACAUCCAAAAUACCCAAAUGUCAAAAUAUGGGAUCUCCCUGGCAUUGGAACACCCAACUUCAAAGCUGAUCAAUAUCUUAAACAGGUUGAAUUUGAAUGCUAUGAUUUUUUCAUCAUCAUCGCAUCAGAUCGCUUCAGAGAAUGCCACGCCAACUUAGCAGCAGAGAUAGUGAAAAUGAACAAGAAGUUCUACUUUAUUCGCUCAAAGAUUGACAGCAACAUUUCUGCUGAGAAAAGAAAGAAGAAGAAAAUAUUUAAUGAGCAAAAGACACUGGAUCGUAUCCGAAAAGACUGCAUUGAAGGGCUGGAAAAGAUUGGCGUAGAUUCUCCUGUGGUCUUCCUGAUUUCAUGCUUUGAUCUUGCUCUCUAUGAUUUCAACCGUCUUGAAAUGACCAUGGAGAUGGAACUUCGCCAGCACAAGAAACAUGUGCUGAUGCUGGCCCUUCCAAACAUCACUCUGGAGAUCAAUGAGAGAAAGAAAAAGGCACUGCACAAAGAUAUAUGGAAGUUGGCUCUGCUGUCUGCUGGUGUUGCAGCUGUUCCCAUCCCUAUAGCGAAUGCAGCUGUUUCAAUCAUUGUAGAUGUGAUGAUUUUGGUGGUAGAGCUUAAAAGAUACUGCAAUGCCUUCAGUGUUGAUCCUGCCUCCUUGCAGAGGCUCUCUGACAGAUCAGGAAAGUCAGUAGAUGAGCUGAAAGCAGUGAUGAAGUCUCCUUUGUAUGCAGAAAUAAACCAAGAUCUGGUUGUUAAGUUGCUCUUUGGCAGCACUGUUGGAGUUUUAGAAGCAGGAGCAGAACACUGGCUUGGUCUCAUCCCUGUUCUGGGAUCUCUGGCAGCAGGUCCACUUUCCUUUGUCACUGUGUAUUAA